CAUAUUCUCAAUUUACGAAUGUAAAAAAAAUAGCAGAAGGAGGAUUUAGUAUCGUAUAUCAAGCAACUUUGUUAUAUGACGAAUCAUCAUACUUAUACAGAUUAUGGCAGAGUUUCUGAACCUAAUAUGGUGAUUAAAACUUAUGGUUUUACAAAAGAUCCUCGAUUAGAUAGUUUAGAUAAUUAUUUAUUAGUUAUGGAAUAUGCUCCAAGUGGAGAUUUAUAUAAGUAUCUACAAAAUAACUUUACAGAAAUUGAUUGGAGAAAAAAAGCAUUUAUUAUAUAUUUUACUAUAAAUGGGUAUUUAAAUUUUAAACAUAUUGGCAAAUGAUUGAUUUAUAAUACAAAUUUAUUAAUUUUUAUUAUUUUAGGCUUCGGGAGAUUCAUAAUAAUGGAUUCAUACAUCGAGAUUUACACAGUGGAAAUUUGUUGAUACGACGUGAUUUGCGCGAUGAUUUAUGCCAAUGUAAAAUCGGAGAUCUAGGACUAUCACAACCUGUAAAUGAUACCUUAUUGAAUAAUGAAAUUUAUGGAGUGAUACCUUAUAUUGCACCAGAAAUAUUUAUGGGGUCUGCAUUUUCUAAAGAAUCUGAUAUUUAUAGUCUGGGUAUGAUUAUGUGGGAACUUAC